AUGGAAGUUACUGAUGUAAAUAAUGUUAAAAUCUACAACCUCAGUUGUGGUAAAACGUUUCCUGAUUGGUUACCUGAUCGAAAGAAACGACAAUUGCUGAAAAAAGAGCCAGCUUUAAAAAGACGUAUUGAAUUGAUUCAAGAUUUUGAGAUGCCACAAGUUUGUGAUACUAUAACUUUGACUCCAGAUGGACAAUAUAUCAUUGCAUGCGGUGUUUACAAGCCUCGAAUGAAGUGUUAUGAUGUUAACAACUUAUCUAUGAAAUUUGAAAGAUGCUUCGAUUCAGAAGUGGUUAAAUGCAAAACUCUGUCUGAAGAUUAUACCAAACUAGUUUUCAUGUUCUGUGAUCGUUAUGUUGAAUUUCAUGCACAAGGUGGACGCUACUAUCGUUUAAGAAUCCCCAAAUUCGGUAGAGAUCUUGAUUAUCACAAAUCUAAUUGUGAACUAUUCUUCGUUGGUGAUACUAGUGAUAUAAUUAGAUUAAAUCUGGAGAGAGGACAAUUCUUGAAUCCUUAUCAGGGGAGUUCAACUUCAUACAAUUGUUGCAAGAUCAAUCCAUCUCAUCAGUUAUUUGUUUGUGGCUCGGUAGAUGGCCAAGUUGAGGCUUGGGAUCCUCGAGUUCGUGAAAGAGUCGGUAUACUCGAUUGUGCACUAUCUUCUUUAACAGUCGACCCUCAAGGUCUUCCGGGAGUUAGAUCAAUGGCAUUCAAGGAUGGUGUCAAUUUAGCUGUUGGAACUGAAACGGGCAUUGUACUUUUGUAUGAUAUUCGAUCUAAUAAGCCUUAUUAUACAAAAGACCACAUGUAUGGAUUGCCGAUCAAGAACGUUGUCUUUAGUCCAGAAAAUGAUUUAGUUUUAUCAAUGGAUAGUAAAGUAGUUAAGAUAUGGGACCGAGAAACAGGAAAACCUUUCACGUCUAUUCAGAGUCAAUAUGAGUUGAAUGAUUUAUGUUUGAUACCGAAUUCAGGAAUGUUUUUCUUAGCCUGUGAGAACACAAAAAUUCAAAGUUAUUUCAUUCCAAGUAUGGGUUCUGCCCCGCGAUGGUGUUCUUUCUUAGAUUCUAUAGUAGAAGAACUCGAAGAAGAUCAAGACGAUUCGAUUUAUGAUGAUUACAAGUUUGUUACAACCAAAGAUCUUGAAGAACUUGGUCUAAAUCAUUUAAUUGGAACAAAUUUGUUGAGAGCAUAUAUGCAUGGAUUUUUCGUUGAUCACCGAUUGUAUAACAAAGCAAAAGCAGCUUCUAAUCCGUUUGCUUAUGAACUUUACAAGAAAAAGAAGAUUAAAGAAGCGCUCGAUGCUCAAACUGGCGAUAGAGUCAAACUGGAAACUAAAUUACCUAAAGUGAAUGCCGAAUUAGCCAAGAAAUUGUACGAGUUGGAAUUGAGCGGCGAAGGAACUAAGAAGGCUAAAUCGAGUCUUGCUCUGUUAAAAGAUGAACGUUUCAAGGCUCUUUUCGAAAAUGAAGAUUUUCAAAUUGAAGAUGAAUAAUUUUUAUUUUCUCAAAUGUACAAAUAACCUCAUUAAAGAAUUUAACCGAUUAUCUUUUCACGAUUAAAGAGGUAUAUCUGAA